GAGUAAUUAACAUGUUAUGAAAUUUGCGACAUGGUAAUAAGUAGAAUAGCCCGUUAACCCGGUAUGAUUUGCUCCAUUUAUCUGCAGCAAGCCUUGGGAAUUUUGAGUUGGGUUUGAAAUCACAUUUGCGAAUCGUCGAGCAGCUAAGGGUAAAAGAAAUGGGAUUCAUAAUGGAAUUUGCAGAGAACUUGAUACUGAGAUUAAUGGAGGAUCCAAAGGAGAGAGAUCGGAAGUUUCGUGAACAUGUGUACGCAACAAAGGCAAGGUGCGACAAGACUCGGGAGAUGUGGAGUUAUCCUCUGCGUCCCUAUGGUUUCUGGACCUUUGAUCGCCACAAUGCUCAGAAUUUCUGGGACCCUCAGAUCAGCCAAGUUCCCGGCCGUCGAGAUCCUUAUGAUGAUCUCCUUCACGACUCCAACUGACUUUUCGGAUAGCCAGGAGAGGUCAGCAAAGAAGCUCUUUUACAGUACCUGGUGAUCCAGAUUUAUCUGUUUUCUGAACAUUCUCCGUGCUAGACUAUCGGAACAAUUAAAUAAAUUGUGAUGUUAUCAAUGAUGUCAAAGGUACCUUGUUUUCACAAGGGUUUAACUUUUGUUUUGUUAAUGUUGCAUUUGAAUCCUUAAUUUGAAGAACCUGUGAGGCUAUGGUAUUUGCAUCUGAUGCUCUGCUUA